CGCGCGCUUUCUUUUUUCUUCUGCUUUCCCUGCCGCUCGGCAGCCAGGACUUUUGGCUCGGCUCCUUUCGUCCUCCCCCCCCCUCCUCUCAGCCGGUUCCCCCACCCCGCCCUGUUUCUUCCCCACUUGUGUAAGCUAUUUGUUAGGGGGUGGCCGAAAGGGAUGUCCUGUUUUCACCAGAGACACAGCGUGAAGGGAAAACUUAGACACUGGAAGGAGCGAGACUAAAUACCCAGAUCGGACCUGCGGAUCAGGGACUGGGACAGACAAUUGAACUUCUGGAGCCCAAGGCGGUCCAGGCCGCCAGAGAUAGUCAAUUUUGAGUUCACGGACCGCUGCCUCUGUGUGGGAGUGGCAAGAGAAGCGAGAGAGCCACAUGGAAGACACCCAGGACCUAAAUGAGCAAUCAGUAAAGAAAACGUGCCCAGAAUCCGAUGUUCCAGAACCUCAGAAUUCCAGGUCUAUGGAAAUGCAAGACCUAGCAAGCCCCCAUGCCUUGGUCGGAGGCAGUGAUACACCUGGAAGCUCCAAGCUGGAUAAAUCCAGCCUCAGCAACACUUCAGUCACAACAAAUGGGACAGGAGGGGACAACAUGGCUGUCUUAAAUACAGCAGACUGGCUGCUGAGUUGCAACACCCCCUCUUCCGCAACAAUGUCUCUUCUUGCAGUCAAAACAGAGCCCUUGAACAGCAGUGAGACCACAAGCACGACUGGAGAUGGAGCGCUUGACACUUUUACGGGGUCAGUAAUAACGAGUAGCGGCUACAGCCCCAGGUCUGCACAUCAGUACCCACCACAGCUGUACCCCUCCAAGCCCUAUCCACACAUUCUUUCUACACCAGCAGCUCAAACAAUGUCGGCCUAUGCAGGCCAGACUCAGUAUUCUGGGAUGCAGCAGCCAGCCGUCUACACAGCCUACUCUCAGACAGGACAGCCCUACAGCCUGCCUGCUUAUGCAGAUCUUGGUGUGAUGUUGCCAGCCAUCAAGACCGAAAGUGGGCUUUCCCAAACUCAGUCCCCAUUACAGAGUGGUUGCCUCAGUUACAGCCCAGGCUUUUCUACCCCACAACCAGGCCAGACACCUUACUCUUACCAAAUGCCAGGCUCCAGUUUUGCACCAUCAUCUACUAUUUAUGCAAAUAAUUCUGUUUCUAAUUCAACAAAUUUCAGCAGCUCACAACAGGAUUACCCAUCCUACACAGCCUUUGGCCAAAACCAAUAUGCUCAGUAUUACUCGGCAUCAACUUACGGGGCGUAUAUGACAUCAAACAACACAGCUGAUGGCACAUCAUCGUCAACCUCAACUUAUCAGCUGCAGGAAUCUCUCCCAGGACUGACUAGCCAACCAGGAGAGUUUGACACGGUGCAGAGUCCGUCCACACCAAUCAAAGAUCUUGAUGACAGGACAUGUAGAAGUUCUGGGUCAAAGUCUCGAGGAAGAGGCCGGAAAAAUAAUCCUUCCCCACCUCCCGACAGUGACCUAGAGCGUGUGUUUGUCUGGGAUUUGGACGAGACCAUCAUCGUCUUCCAUUCCCUCCUCACGGGCUCUUAUGCACAGAAAUAUGGCAAGGAUCCGCCAAUGGCUGUGACCCUCGGGCUCCGAAUGGAGGAAAUGAUCUUUAAUCUUGCUGAUACACAUUUGUUUUUUAAUGACUUAGAGGAGUGUGAUCAAGUUCAUAUCGACGAUGUUUCCUCGGACGACAAUGGUCAGGACUUAAGUACCUACAGUUUUGCAACUGAUGGCUUCCAUGCAGCUGCAAGUAGUGCAAACCUUUGUUUGCCAACAGGUGUGAGAGGAGGAGUGGACUGGAUGAGGAAGUUGGCUUUUCGUUACAGAAGAGUAAAGGAGCUAUAUAACACCUACAAGAACAACAUUGGAGGACUCCUGGGCCCUGCCAAGAGGGAUGCAUGGCUACAGCUAAGGGCAGAGAUUGAAGGCCUGACGGAUUCCUGGCUAACGAAUGCACUUAAGUCUUUAUCAAUUAUUAGUACUAGGAGUAACUGUGUAAACGUCUUGGUAACGACAACCCAGCUGAUCCCCGCUCUCGCGAAGGUCCUACUCUACAGCCUAGGAGGUGCUUUCCCCAUUGAGAACAUUUACAGUGCAACCAAAAUAGGAAAAGAAAGUUGCUUUGAACGAAUAAUGCAAAGGUUUGGCAGAAAAGUAGUGUAUGUUGUAAUUGGGGAUGGUGUAGAAGAAGAGCAGGCAGCGAAAAAGCACAACAUGCCUUUCUGGAGGAUAUCAAGCCACUCGGACCUCUUGGCUCUACACCAAGCCCUGGAAUUAGAGUAUUUGUAACUGUGUUCUCUAGCUGGGGAUCCACUUUUUUUUAAUAUAUAUUUCAAGUACACUGAAUUUUUAUGUGUGAUCCAGUGCUGCUGGCUUCUUCUACACAUAUAAACAACGGUCUUAAAGGAUGAAAUCAUACUUGGAAGGAAAACUCCAGAGUGAAGAAUUCAGGUUGCUGAAUGGAAUUAAACUUUAGUGCUACAGAAAAGGAAACUCUAUGGUCUUAUUAUCUUUACAAUACUUUCAUGGUUGAAAAACAAUCUGUGGAGGUUGCUGACACACACCAAAUGAGUCCUAACUGGAAUUAACAGCUUUAGUUAAAGAACUCGAACCCGCCCGAGCCACAGCACCUGUUCUGCCUCCGACAAGGUGGUCGAAAACAUUCCUCAAAAUGGGAGCUCUUCUCAACCCUGAGGUUUGAAUAUGACUUUUAGCCUACCUAGCCCAGAAAAUCUGAAUUGGAAUGCACUCAGACUGUGUAAUGACAGUCCUAUCUAGACCUGUAAUUUGUGUAAAUUAUUGAUGAAAAUAAUUUACUGUGACUUUAUUAGCAGCUGACUCUGAAAGUGGAUGCAACUCUUAUUUCUUGGGGCGGGACAAGGGCUGGGGAAAUGGGAAUAUAAUAUUGUCUCUUUUUUUUUUAAGUUUGGCAAAGAGAAUGUUCAUAUGGAUGAGUUGUGCCUUAAAGACAAGACAGCGUUUGUGUGUUACAACGUAACUUCGCUUAAAGUUUCUGUAGAUAA